UCCGCUCAGCUCCCUCCUGGAUGUGUCCGGGUUCCGCUCUGGCGACCUGGAGCCGCCGGCACGUGAAAGGCUAUGGCUGCUGUGGGUUCCGUGAGGGCGGCAUUGCAGGUGGCCGAAGUGUUAGAAACCAUCGUGAGCUGCUGCUUGGGGCCCGAAGGGCGGCAGAUUCUGUGUACGAAGCCCACUGGCGAGGUGCUGCUCAGCCGGGACGGAGGCCUCCUCCUGAAGGCGCUGCAUUUAGAGCAUCCCAUAGCCAGGAUGAUGGUGGCAUGUGUUUCCAGUCAUCUAAGAAAAACAGGAGAUGGUGCUAAAACAUUUAUUAUCUUUCUUUGCCACUUACUCAGAGAAUUCCAUGCAAUCACAGACAAAGAAAAGGAUUCUUUAUUUUUCAAAAAUAUUCAAACCCAUGGAAGGCAUUGGAAAAAUUGUUGUCAGUGGAAAUUUAUUUCCCAAGCUCUUCUAACAUUUCAGACACAAGUAUUAGACUAUGUUAUGGAUCAUUUCUUAAGUAGACACUUUUUGUCCAUCUUUUCUUCAUCCACUAAAAAGAGAACAUUGUGUAGAAGUUCUUUAGAGAUGCUCUUAGAAGCAUUUUUUUGUGGAAGAGUGGGAAGAAAUAAUCACACCUUUAUUUCACAGUUGAUGUGUGACUACUUUUUCAACUGUAUGUCCUGUGAAAGUGAAUUUGAAGAAGUAUUUGAGUUAGUCGAUGACUGUUUUGUUGAGUUGAAAGUUGGUGUCACCGGCCUUCCUGUUUCCAAUUCCAGGAUCAUAGCUGGGCUUGUGCUUCACAGAGACUUUUCUGUAUACUGUCCAGCAGAUGGUGACAUAAGAAUAGUGAUAGUAACUGAAACCAUUCAGCCUCUUUUUUCAACUUCUGGAUCAGAGUUUAUUCUAAAUUCAGAACAACAGUUUCAGACAUCUCAGUUUUGGAUUAAAGAAAAGACAAAAGCAAUAAUGAAACAUUUACAGAGUGAGAAUGUAAGAUUGCUCCUAUCUAGUGUGAAGCAACCAGACUUAGUAAUUUAUUAUGCAAGACUGAAUGGCAUAUCCGUGGUGGAGUGUUUAUCAUCUGAAGAACUUUCUCUUAUCCAGAAGGUCACUGGUAUUGCUCCCUUUGUACUACCACAGGCCUCUUCGCAGUAUGAAAUCUCUAAUACUGCUUUGGUGAAAUUUUGUAAGCCCCUUAUCCUUAGAUCCAAAAGGUAUGUUCAUCUUGGCUUGAUUAGCACAUGUUCAUUUAUACCACACUGUAUAGUACUUUGUGGACCAGUGCAAGGUCUUGUUGAACAACAUGAGGGUGCUCUACAUGGAGCAUUUAAAAUGCUUCGGCAGUUAUUUAAAGACCUUAAUCUAAAUUAUGUGACACGAGCAAGUGACCAAAAUUGUACAUCAAGUACUAAUGUUUAUAAGAAUAGUAGAGAAAGUAAUCAGUUAUCAGAAAUUGUUAACAGCUCAGUUCAAAGGCCAUAUCAGGGCACAGUUGUAAAGAAUGAAGAUGAACUGGCAAAAACUCAUUCAUAUUCAAAAGUAUGUUCAAAUUUGGUAGUUCCAGGUAUAGAAUUAGAAACAUACAUACCAUGUUCAAUACCGGAAGUGAUGCCAGCAAAUACAUACCAGACAGAUGAAACAUUGAGAUGUUUAUCUCCAGACAAAGCCAAGAUAAUCGAUGACCAUGAACCAUUUAUUGAGAGUGAUUCUGCUAACUCAAGAACAGAAAAUACUAGGAUAGAAAUUUCCUUUGAAAAUGUACAGGUCACAAAAAUUGCUGAAAAGAGGAGUAUAUUACCAGUGAGAUAUAAGUCAUUAGAAAUGAGUGCUUCCCAGAGUUACUGUUUCUCAUGUAUACCAGCUGGUUGUGUUUUGCCAGUGGGUGGUAAUUUUGAGAUCUUACUGCAUUACUAUCUUCUCAACUAUGCCAAAAAAUUCCAGCAAUCAGAGGAAACCAUGGUUAGUAUCAUAAUAGCUAAUGCACUAUUAGGCAUUCCCAAAACCUUGUAUAAGUCUAAGAAAGGAAAUAAAUGCUUCCCACAAAUAUAUACAAGAGCUCUCCAUGCACUGCAAACCAAUCAACCCAUGGUAAGCAAUCCAGCAGGUUUGGAAUCAGUUGCUGGUAAAUACCAGUUACUAACUUCAGUUCUUCAGUGUUUGACAAACAUUUUAACCAUUGAUUUGGUAAUCAAUAUUAAGAGACUACCGCAGGAAAUUUAUGAUGAAGAUUCAGAAGAAGAACUAUAAAAUUUGGUGUGUUUUAUUAGCAAGUUAUCCAACUCAAACCAUAAAGCAAAGCAGGCAUGUGACCACUGAUUCUCAAAUCAAUUCAGUCCAGUUAGGCAAACAGCAUAACUUUAAAAGUCUUUAGAAAAGUACACAAGGCCAUUGGACAUUCAGGCAGAAAUAUUAGAUACUACAUUAUUGGAAGAGUUUUAGGGAGGAAGCCUUCUGGAUGAGUGAAGCCAAGAUCUGAGUAAGUGUCUUUCUUCCCCCUCAGUAACCCUCUGCCUCAGAUCUGUGUUAGUCUGUAUGUUUGGGGAAGGGUGUUUCUGUAUCAUUUUUACUUUUCUGUAUCUUUUUUCAUUCCUCAUCUCUCUUGCCUCUUCUCUCUUGCCUUUAUGUAUUUAGUUAAUAGAACAAUUUAAUCUCAGAUUUGGAUGAGGUCUUCAAAUGCCAUUCUACUUUGUUUGUAACAUAAAGCAUUGUUUGCAUCAUUUAAAAUAAUUUAUUUUUGGGAGUUCCCAUUGUGGCUCAGUG